AGGAAAGGAGGGAGGGAAAGAAAAAGAGGGAGAGAAAGAGAAGUAAAGGAGGGAGAGAAAGGAAAGGAAAGGAGGGAGAGAAAGGAAGAAAAAAGGGAGAGAAAGGACGCUGAACAUUCUCCAAAUACUUUAUGUGCUGUCAAGGGUUCGUCUGUCAAGGGGUCAGGUCAUCGCCAUGUCGGGUCCCGCCAGGCGUCUACGUUACGAGCCUGAGCCGUACCUGGUUCAGCAUGACCUCCUCACACUCGACCAGCUCCUCGGCAUACUCGACAACAGCAGUGGGACGAGGAUAGUGGUGACCCAGGUGCCCGAACCCAAGGCAGGACAGGUGUACCUCGUCGACUGUGCAGGCGCUCGGUUCGCUCGCUAUGACUCCCACCGCUGGAAAUCCUACCACCACCACAGCGGCCUGGGACUCCUCGCCCCGCCUCUCCCCCCACCCCGGACCGACCCCCUCGAACACCUCCUGGAAGUCCGCUACAACAAGAAGCGCGGAGGUCACGGCACUCUUCCGGAAGGCGCUGUGCGGGUCAUCUACAAGCCCAAGACCGAGAGCGUUAUCCCAGGGACAGCGGUUACCCCUCCUCCUCUCCCGCCCUUCUAUAUCAUUCAGUACCUCGAUGCUCUUCCGCCGCACGUGGAAGCCGCCAUUACGUCCUGCCACAGGGCGGAGGAGGAAGCCCGAGCGCUGGCCGUUGCGGAGGAGGAGCGGAAGAAGGAGGAGGAGGAGCGGAGGAGGGCCCUAGAGGAGGCGCGGAUCGGGGCGAGCAAGUUCGGGCGUCGCCGUAAACCGAACAGUCGCUACUCUGGGGUAUACACACUGGACAGCGCCCUCGACCACAACCAAGCCACCGAUGACGUUUCGGACGACGACACGGCAACCGAAGACUCCACCAGGGACACGGUUACCUCCAGUGAUGGCUCUCAUGGCACUAGGGUCAGUCGUAAGGGCCCGAGUGCCAGUGCCGAGGGGUUUACGAGUGCCGGGCAUCAGAGCAGUGUGACCAGGGAAGCGAAAAGGGUUUGGCUCGCUGGGUACGGCAUCGAACGCAUCAAGCCUAAGAGUUCUCUGCUGUUUAGAAUGUGUGAUGAGAGUGACAGUGACGAGAGUGAUGGUGAUGGUGGCGGUGAUGGUGUGGUGGUGGUGAAGGGGCAGAGUGAGGAGGAGAGUGAGGAAGAGGAGGAGGAAGAGGAAGAAGAGGAGCAGGAGGAGAAGAAAGAUGAAAUGUUCGACCUUCACCCGCAAAUAGAUUAUGACCUUCAGCUUGCGACCCAGACUGACCCCAACAGCUUCAAGGUCAAGAUUCCUGCUCCCUUUGACCCUGACCUGACCUCUGAGGAUCCCAUUGCAGGCAUCCUACAGAGGUCAGAGGUCAUCCAGGAGACAGCAAAGGACGCCGACCCUGCGAGGAGUCCUUCGGAAGAGGUCAAGGAGGAGAGGAAGAGGAAGACUUAUAAGGGAAGACCCAGAUACCGAGGAAUGAAGAAGAGGAGGAAGAAGAAGGAGGAGGAGGAGAAGGAGGAGUUUGAUGAAGAUGAGGUGCGGCCCUUCACCUACCACACCAGGGGGCGGCUCUACCACGCAGAUGCCGAGGACAUAUUCCGCCAGGCUGACAAGGGCAAGCUGGAGGUCCUGAGGAAGGCCAUACGACAUCCUCGGCCCGGUGGACUUUACCUGCUCGACAAAAGCUUCGUGCCGUACAGUGACUCCAUGCCCUGGGUCCGAGACUAUUACUAUCGAUCGCACAAUAUUUCAAUGGAGCGAUUUGAGCUUCGAGACCACCAAAGCCGCCAGUCCACCAGCCGCCAAUCCGCCAGCCGCCAGUCCACCAGCCGCCAGAGCAAGAAUAAGACCUUGUUCACCUAUACGACGCCGUUGACGACCCUGUGCCUUGUUCACUACCAUAAGACAGAAGAAAAGAAGAAAAAAUUGAACAAGAAGACGGAAGAGGAGGAGGAGAAGAAGGAAGAGGAGGAGGGGGAGGAGGAGGAAGAAGAAGAGGAGGAUCAAAGUGGAAUGGAAACCUUUACUGGCGUUUACACAGAGUCCAAUUCUAACCUGAACCUGACCCUAGUGGAGGCCAUGCUGACCCGACCUGACCUGACCCGGGUUGUGGAGGCGCCUGUGCUCAACCCCCAGCCCUUCCAGGUGUACCUCAUUAGCGUGCCUGCCCACAACACCUCCAAGGUGCUGGACAACUACAAAUGGACACACAAGGGCUUCAAGCGAUGGCCGGCCGCGUCAACCGGUCAACCCACGCGCCUGCUCUGCCACCACCGCCCCAUGCGCCUCACCAAGAGCUCCGUCUGCCCUGCCCUAAUGAGGCACGAGUUCCGCCUGGCCACAGCUGACGCAGAAGACCUCAGGGUGCUUCACUACAUGCCCACGAGGGAGUUCAGGGAGUUUGUGGUGAUCAGCAAUGCCGUCAAGCAGAUGCAAAGAGUGACGCAGAACUACCUCUUGGACACUGGCACCACCAUCACGCCCCAAGGCACCACGCUCCCACCCCACGGCACUCCUCUCGGCACCCUCGCGGCACUCACCCACCCGCUCCGAGUCUCUGGCAACCAGCUGUCCCCGGCGGUCGUCUGGGAGAUGCUGACCGAGACCUCCACAGCUUCGGUUGUCUCGGUUGACUUGGUGCCCCAGCCUGGCGGAGUGUAUCUGGCCUCGACUGACGAUUCGGUUGACCAGCUGACUUGGGUUGAAAUCGGGCAGCUGGCAGUUCAACCGAGACUCUUCCAGCUGGUUGAAGUCUGCCAGGUGGUUGUAGGCGCUCAACCAGCACUCAUCCGACUCCGCUACACGUCAACCAAGGUGCCGCAUAGGGUCAUACUGCAUUACCUGGGUGACACGCGACCUUAUUUGUGGCACUGGGGUCAAGAUUCUGGCUCUGGCACUCAUUCUGGGCCUUCCAAUGCCUUUUCUUGCGGUCAGGAAGGUGAAGGAAGAGGAAUAGGAGAUGGAGAUAGAGAAAAUGGAGAAGAAGGAGGAGGAGGAGAAGGAAGAGAAGAACAGGAAAAAGAAGAAGAAGAGGAAGAAAUUGGAAGAAAAAUCAUAAAUUCCGACGAAAACGAAAUCAGGAAAAAAAAUAUCGGCCACAAACGUAAACAAAGAACCGCCGAGGCAGGACCCAGCGGCACCCGGCGGCGGCACUACCUACGCGAGUGCCGGCUCUACCGAAUCAACCGAAACCACCUGGCGGAAGUCGGUUGCCCCACGCUCAGAGACGAGGACCUGGAUGUGGAGAUGGAGUUGCCGGAUGACCACCACAACCACCACCACCACCGCCUGACACCACCGGACAAGCCUGGCAUCUACUAUUAUGGUGGACGGAUGCUGAAGAAGAGGGUUGUGCGGAUGCUGGAGAACCUUGACCCGAGCCGCGUUACGACCCUGCCCAUCAGGAACCCGGAAGCAGGCGAGGCGUACCUGGUGACCCGACCCAGCAGCAGCAAGACCCCCCUGGACCCCUACAAAUGGACUCACAAGGGGUGGCAGCCAAUCCCUAGGAAGGACCCCAUAGUAGUCUGGCGGCUUGGGGUCCUAAGGUACAAGAGGCACACCUUCGCCACUCCGCUCCUAAGGGUGGAGUACACGCACCUCCACGCCCAUACGGACUUGAUGGUGGUCCACUAUUUGCCGACGAAGGAUAAUGCGGCCAUGUUGGAUGUCCGCAGUGCUGUCGUGCCGGUGAGGGAGGGAGGGAGUCUCACCCACACCUUACUGUCCGCUGCCGACGUCAACUACGGCCAAGACUCCCAGCUCCUCACCAACAGCCCCCUGCCAGCACACCAGGUCUGGGAGAUCCUGGGGGCGGGGGGCGGCCUCUCGCACCCCAUAGAGGAGCCGCAGCCUGGGGGGGUCUACGUCAUCAACAGGGAUUUUAAAGACAAACUGGACAUCUACCCUUGGCGGACACUCGGUAACAUCCGCCUGUCAUCCAACGACUACGGCUUAUUAGAGACAUCAUCCGUCAUCCAGUGGGCGGCUGAGGGCGGCUGUGGCACUGGCGGCCCUACUACUGGCACUGGCGGCUUUGGGCGGCUGCUGUACCACUCCGAUCUUAUUAAAAAUCGGACAGUAAUUCACUAUUUGGGGGACUGCCGACCUUACCUGGAGAAAGCUAAGGCGGAGAACGAACAGCCUCAACUCCAGGUCAACUCCAGCGCUGUGACCCUUGACCUCAGCCACCUGGAGGUCACGGGCGGGCUGGAUGGGGUCAGCGAGGACAGGUCAGGUCGAGACGCGGCCACAGAGGCUGUCGGGUCAAUCCUGGCCGGCCUGGGGUCAAAUAUCAUGGACUCGGACGCGCUGAAUCAGACCUUUGCAGACCUGGGAGGUGAAGUGGAGGGCCUCUGCGACACCACCAACACCACCAACACCACCACCACCUCCACCGACAACUCCACCAGACUUGAGGACACCCACUUACAAGACUCCGCCCUUCCACCCAUACAAGUUACUUACGGGUCUGUCAGUACUAACGCCCUGGUCAGUAAGAUGUUCCCGGAAGGCCUCCCAUUGGUCCAGAAGGUGGUGGAGGAGGAGGAGGUCAUCUCUUCCCGGAGGAGGCGCCUUGACAACAUCCUGGAGCUGCCUGGAGGAAAGGAGGAGGAGAGGGAGGGGGAGAGGGAGAGAGAGAGAGAAGUCGGACCCUACAGAGCAAUUCCUCGGACCCUGCAGGACUGGACGGAGGAGGAGGAAAUAGGUGAUGACAUUAGUGGUGGUGGUGGAGGUGUUGAGCCGCGUCCUCGCUUCCACAUCACCACCACGGAGACACGCACCAUUCUGUACCUCCGCCAGCACCACAGACUCUCAGAGAAGCAGCUGGACCACUUCCUGUGCAACCCUGACGUGAGCCGCGUGUCCUUCCUGCCCCUGGUGGACCCUCAGGCCGGGGACGUGUACGUGGUGGCCAUGCAGCACAGGAAGGGAGAGCUGCGUCGCCUGGACUGCCACAGCUGGUACAUGACGGGGCAGAAGACGGGCAAGUUCCGCCGCUCCUACAGCUACAUCCGCGACGCCGAGGGCAACUACAGCCACCGCCUCGUGCGCUACACCUACGACUACGCCUGGGAGGACGCGCCGGGCCUCAGGGUGGUGCACUACCUGGCCGGCGACCCCAGGCACACCGUCCUCUGCUGCGGGAAGAAGCCCAACUAUGAGGAGGAGGCAGAGGUCAAUGGCCCACUCUACCGAGCCUACACAGCCUCCCUCUCCCAUAGAGAUGUCCUACAAAUUCUAAAUGACCGGUCGCUGUUCCAUGCCUGUGAACUCCCCAUUCGUGACCCCAAGGCCGGAGAUGUCUAUAUAGUGAAGGCCUCCUCGAUUUUGGCAGCUGGUCAGCAGGAAGGUCAGCUGGACAACCUUAGCUGGUCAGAAGGUCAGGUCAGGCACGUUGGCAGCAGGAGACUGGCACUGCAGAAGACCAGGUAUCUCUCCUAUGACCCCUCCGAUGGAACCAGGUCAGACUCCUUCCUGAGGGUGACCUGGCAACGUGUUCUUGACCCGUCUGAGGUCACCACCCAGCUCAGAGGUCAACCCUUGGUCAUCGUGCACUACCUGGGCGAUGAGAGUAUGGCUGGCGAGAUGGUGCGUCGCGGCAAGGAUGGCAUGCUGCAUCUCCGUCAGGUCCGGCACUACAUUGAGACUGGCACCUACCUCCCCUCCGUCCACAACACUGAGAAGAACGGCAUCAGGAAGAGUGCCAAGAAGUUUACCCUGCAGAACAACUUGCUCUACUACACCGGCAAGGACCGAACAGAGAUGCGACUGGUCCUGUACACGGCCGAGGAGAAGAACAAGGCCUUCAGGGAGUGCCACAUCAUGCCCAAGACUGCCGCACACUGCGGGCGCACCAAGACCCUGAACCACCUGUCUGAGAAGUACUACUGGACCAACAUGGUGGAGGACGUGGUGGCCAUGAUCGUGCGGUGCAAGUCCUGUGAGAUGAGCAAGGUGGGGCGACCCAACCAGCGCUAUGUGAGGGUCAAGGAGCCAUGGGAGGUGGUCAGCGUGGACAUCGUGGGUCAGUUCACCACCUCGGGUCGCGGCAACGUGUCCGUGGCCGUCAUCAUCGACAUGUUCACCAAAUACACGCUGGCGGUGCCCUUACGAGACACCACCAUUGAUGACCUUGCCGGCGCCUUGCAGGGUGCCGUGUUCCAGCAAGGGCCGCCCAGGAUGUUUAUAUCAGACCAGCGGGAGGCCUACGUGGAUGGGCUAAGUUUCGAGCUCCAAAUGCGGGUGGGCGUGUCGGUGAUGGCGGUGAACAAGAUGCAGCUCAACCGACCCGACGAGGCCAAGAUCAAGGCAACCAUACUCAACCACUGCCUUGAGGGAUCCGCCAACUGGGACGAGACUCUGCCCAGGAAGAUUUACGAGAUCAACAGUGGUUACGUCACGGCCAGCUCCUUCUGCCCCUUCACACUCAUGUACAACCGCAAGGCGCGACCCCUCGACGGGAGCCUCAGCCUGCCAAACUGUGGCAUUAGACCGACCUUUGUGGUGCCAGACAUCGCCCCAUUCCUGAUGGAGAGGGAACAGCAGGCCUCGGAGAUGCUGACCCAGGUGUUAACAGGCGGGCAACCAACAACCGAAUCAACCGAAAUCUACCUCGAGGACGACAGUGAAGGUGUUGGUGGUGUUGAUGCUGGUGGAGGUGAUGAUGCUUGUGGUGAUGACGGUGGUGGUGGUGGUGGUGGAGGUGGUGGUGCGUUGCUGGAGGCCAUGGAGGUGGUGCCAGACAGCUACCAUCAGCACCAUCAGGACCGGCCGCCCUAUACACAAAUUGCACACCUGCCGGACACUGCACAGGUCCUGGACGAGGCCGGCGGCUCCGUGUACGAGAUCGGCGACGGCGGGCACGUGGUGGUGGUGCCGGGGGGGGUGGCAGGUCUGGACGUUGGGGGGGAGGGGGAGGAGGUGGGGGAGCAGCACAUGGUGGUGGUCCAGCCUGGGGUUGGCGAUCAAGGAGUCAUCAUGCUCGAAAAUCACGUUAUCAUGGAGGCGGUCGCAGGGGGGCGCCAGUUCACAUACCUGGCUCCUCCUCCUCCUCCUCCAUGAUAGUUCUGAGGGAGAGAGGGAAGGGGGGGAGGAAGGAGAGGUAGGGAGGGAGAGGAGGGAAGGAAGGUGCAGAAAUUGAAUGAGGAAAGGAGAGAAAGGAAGGAAGGAAAGGGAGAGAGAGGGAGGGAAAUGAAGGAACAGAAAGAGAAUGAGGAAAGGAAAGGAGAAAGAGAGGAAGGGGGGAAGGAAGGAGGGUAGGAAAGGGAGGGAGAGAGAGAGGGAGGGAAAGGAAAGGAGAGAAGGAAGGAGGGAAGGGAGGGAAAGGAAAGGAGAGAGAAAGAUAGGAAGGAAGGGAGGGAGAGAGAGAGAGAGGAAGGAGGGAAGGAAGAAAGUAAGGGAGAGAGAGAGAGAGAGGGAGGAAAAGGAAAGGAGAGAGGGAGGAAGGGAGGGAAGGAAGGAAUGUCAUGUCUCCCCCAUACACUAUACGCCUCCAAUCACGUAAUAAACAUGUAUAUAUGUAUCGUCUAAGGUCACCAGUGUCCCCUCCUGUACAAACCGUCGCCUCCUUUUGUACCAUUCCUGUACAUUCAAGAUAUUUAUAAAGAUCAAUUUUCCAA